AUGGCCGUUGAUAUCAUAAAACUGUUGGAUCCUGAGUUUAAGGGAGUCCCAGAAGAGAUAUUGAGAGAUUCAAGAUAUAUGCCCCAUUUUAAGGAUUGCAUUGGUGCUAUAGAUGGAGUACAUGUUAAAGCCUCAGUACCUCCUGAAGAUCAAGUACCAUAUAUUGGCAGGAAAGGAAUACCGACUCAAAACAUAAUGGCUACUUGUAAUUUUGAUAUGCAAUUCAUAUUUGCAUGUGCAGGAAAAUAUUAUCUUGUGGAUGCGGGUUACCCACAAAUGAGCGGGUAUUUGGGACCAUAUAAAGGUGAAAGGAGGCAUGCCCAACGUGAUAUUCAUUUUGACAAAGUGAAUGACAACCCAAAUGCAAUGGAGAUGGAGGGUGAUCCACAAGAAGAAUAUCAUAUGACUCAAGGGCCUGGAGCACAAGAACUAGAAAGAUUAAGGAACAAGAUUGCUGCAAGUUUAAUGCAUGCAUCUUCUUAG